AUGUCCUCCAACGUGAUGGAACUACCGCGUCCGCCGGCAGAGGAAGACACCACCGCUUCUGACGUGCUCACCAACGGAGAUCUCCUUGACAAGAUCCUUCUCCGCCUCGGAUGCCGGAGCUGCCUCGUUAGUGCCGCGCUCACCAGCAAGCACUGGCUGCGCGCUGCCUCCGGGCUCUUCGUCCCUGACUUCUGUGUGCGCCACCGGCCGCGCCUACUCGGGGUCUAUGUCUCCAGUUGCGGCAUCUCUGGCUUGGAGUUCAUCCCGCUGCUGCAACGACCUGAUGUACUCAACCAUGCCGACUUCGGUUUCGGCAACUUGCCGGUGCCGAACGUUUGGGACUGCCGAAAUGGAAUCGUCCUCUUCGAGUUCGGCGGCGAGACCUUCCAACACGCUGGUAUCUCUGUGCGCUCCCCACUGCUGUACCCUUACAUGGAUAAGGCCGUGGUGCUCCCGCGGCCGCCGCAAGCCGCCUUGUGCUACCGCGUCAACGUCCGCACCUGGGAGUCAUCGGACAAUACGGUCACGGUGAUGGUGUGUGUCCUGCGGUCCGGCUCCUGGGGCAUCCACUGCAUAGCCACAGAUCGUCUCACUAAGUCGCCGGUCCAGAUCCUGCCAACUACUGUGCUUGCCGGCGGCAAGAUCUACAUGGCGACCCAAGCGGGGUACAUCCUGGGACUGAAACUGGCCACCAAGGGAUUCUUCAUCGUCGAUCUCCCUGAGGGUGUGGAGCAUGAUCAGUACCCAGGCAACUUUGUCCACUGUCGGGGAGACGACUCUGUCCUCUACCUCUUCCAUGUGGAUGGGGACAACAUGGUCAACAACGUCUGGCUCCGUAGGAUGAACGACGACCACGGGCAUGGCGGCGCUGGUGCUGCUGGCGGCAGCACCAACGGGUGGGUGCUCAGGGACACCAUUUCCGUGCGUGAGACUUGUGGCCAUCUCAUGGAGCAGGGUUGGGAGACGGCAGGCGAUGAGGAUGUGGACGCCGCCACAGUAAUGGUGAUCGGCGCUGGGGACAAUGCCGAGUUCGUGUUCUUGGAGCUCGGUAUAACUGGCAUCGUCGUGUACAUGCAUAUCAAGACCAGGGAGGUGUAUCAGAGGGAGCCAGACGAUGACUACUUGAUUAGUGUUCGUCCAUUCAUGUUCAUUAGGCCUCCUGUUUUCCCAGUACAGGAUGCUCUUGAAGGCGAGGCCGCACCACAUCAGGAGUAA